AUGGCAAUCAACAAAGCCAACAGUAACGGCAUCGACAGCAAGGCAAAGACCGUUGCUGAUAAAGUGAAAAACAACCGUGCCAAGGCCAUCGUUGAUGAAGCAUCGGCGGGUGGCUAUGCCAUUGCGGCCGUAUGCUGCUACAAUCUCGAGGCCGUCGUCGCCACCGUCCGCGCAGCAGAAGCAAAGCGUUCGCCGGCUCUCAUCCAGCUCUUUCCCUGGUCCAUUGAGUACGCAGACGGUCUUCUUCUACACGCGGCCGCCGAAGCCGCUGACAAGGCAUCCGUCCCCAUCGCCGUCCACAUGGAUCACGCCCAGUCCCCCGAGAUCAUCAGACGGGCCGCUGAUUUGGGCGGAUUUGACGGCAUUAUGGUCGACAUGAGCCACUACGAAAAAGAGGAAAACCUACGGCUCACAAAAGAACUGGUUCAAUACUGUAAUGAACGCGGCAUAAUCACAGAGGCCGAACCGGGCCGUAUUAAUGGCUGCGAAGACGGGAUCGCCGACACGGGCGACAUGGAAGAGAUUCUCACGGGUCCCGAACAGGCGGAGGAGUUCGUGGCUUGCGGCAUCGACUGGCUGGCGCCUGCGUUUGGCAAUGUUCACGGGGUAUACGGGCCUAAGGGGCCGCAGCUGGACUUUCCUCGUCUUGAUACCGUUCGGCAAGCUGUUGGAGACCGUGUGCGCCUCGUGCUGCACGGCGCUCAUGAAGACUAUUUCAAGGAGGAGCUGCUGCGUAAAUGCAUCUCUUAUGGCAUGGCGAAGGUCAAUGUGAAUGGCCCCGUGGCCGCAGCAUGGACCAAGGUUCAGGGUGAACUGAGUGGCAAAGUGCCCCUUACAACCGUCGUCGAGGAGCAGACGAAGGCCAUGCAGGACGUGGUGGAAUACCACAUGGAUUUCUUGAUGUCUACGGGCAAAGCAUGA